CUUAUCCAAAAAGGCAAAAGCCACAGCAAAACCAACCAAAACUCAGUCCUGAAGAAAAGAGAAGAGAAGAGAAGCCCGAAAAUGGCUCUUCUUUUGUGCUCUAAUCACCUGGCGCUGAACGCCGUGUCCUCUCGUCCAACAUCGCCUUCAAAUGUCACCGCCGCUAUCUACAGGAUGCACAUGAAUCCCAUCAUUGACCCACACCCGAAAUCUUUCAAUGGAGUUCGACUUAACAUGCCCAUAGUUGUCAAAAGGUCGGUUUCACUAGUUGUGAAGGCUUCUUCUGAUCCAAUUGAGGGUGCUGAGGCCCCUUCAGAUAGCAAGGACGAGGUGGUACCUGUUGAUAAGCUUCCAUUGGAGUCAAAGCUGCAAGAAAGGCUGGAGCAGAAGACGAGGAUGAAGCUGGCCAAGAAGAUAAGACUUCGAAGGAAAAGACUUGUUCGCAAACGAAAACUCAGAAAGAAAGGGCGAUGGCCUCCUUCAAAGAUGAACAAGUUGAAGAAUGUCUGACCUUCUACCUAAAGGUUUCUUGCAGGUUUAGUUUGACCCCUUUUUGUUUCUCCCGUCAUUUAUUUUGUUGUUGCAAGAUCAAAUGUAUCAUGUGAAUGACUUUGUCUGUUUGAGUCUUAAUGAUAUGAUUUCUAUGAGAAUAGUGAUGUCCAAUUUGAUCUGAAUGCAAAUUAAGGAUGGCAGAAGUGCUUGUGCUU